AUGAUAUCAUGCAUUUCACCAAAUGCUGGUUCUUGUGAACAUACUCUCAAUACCUUGAGAUAUGCUGAUAGAGUUAAAAGCCUUUCAAAAGGUUCAAAAAAAGAUCAAGUUGGAAGCUCACAAACAACUAUAAAAGACUCAUCAUCAGCAAACACACUAAGCCUCCCUGACAUUGAAGACACAAAAAUAGUAUUUACAGAUACAGGUAAUAGAAGAGGUGCACAGUCACAACGAGAUAUCAUCUUUUCAGAUUUCGAUAAACAACAACCUAUUUCUCCAUCAUUCUCAAAUUACACCCGCGAUGACACCUGA